AUGAAUCGUCUGUUCUCUUUAAAUACUACGAGAUCCCUUAUAAGAUGCUCUGGAGCUAAAAUAGAAACAUCACAGUUCUUGCAAGGACUAAUCACUAAUGAUAUGAAUCAUUUAGUUCAAGAUAAUUCUUGUAUUUACACAUUGUUUCUUAACAAAGCCGGCAGAGUUCUUUACGAUUCAAUAGUUUACAAAACACCAGUCACAGAUGAUAGCAAAGAAGAUUUUCUUAUUGAGUGCGAUGCUUCUGUCGUGAAUAGUUUAAAAAAACAUUUGAAACUCUACAGAGUGCGAAGAAAGAUUGAAAUUGCAUUGUCUGAAGAUCACGAUGUCUGGUGCUUCCAAGGAUCAACUGAAUUACUGAAAUCUUCAAAAGACUUGAAAAUAUGUACUGACCCUCGUUUAAAAGAAAUUGGAUCGAGAAUAAUUUCACCAAAAGAUCAAAAUUUGAAGAAUUUUUUGAAAGAAUCUUUGCCAGAAGUUCAAGAAGCUUCAAAUGAAGAUUAUGUCGCUCAUCGAUAUAAAUUUGGGAUAUGUGAAGGUGUCAUUGAUUUACCACCUGAAAAAGCUUUACCUCUCGAGUCAAAUUGUGAUUAUAUGCACGGUGUAAGUUUUCAUAAAGGAUGUUACAUUGGACAAGAACUCACAGCACGAACUCAUCAUACAGGCGUGAUAAGAAAACGUCUCAUGCCAGUGUUCUUUGAAAAAGAAAUUACUUUCAAGGCUGAUGAAGUUAAUGAUGUUAAAGAUGAGGAGAAUAAAUCUGUUGGAAAAAUACGCAAUAUUGUUGGUCAGUAUGGAUUGGGUUUGUUAAGAAUUGAACAGAUGAGUCUUGAAGCUGUGAAGAUCGAGGAAGAUACAAAAUCUUACAGAAAAGAUAAAAUUGAUGAGAAAACCAAAGAAGACGAACCAGAAAAAAUAAAGUUUCAAUGCAGCACCUGUUCAAUGUCAGAAAUGGUUGAUUACUUUGGGAAAUCUCCAACAUUCAUCAGAAACAUUGAAUUGGUUGAAGACAGUUACGUCAUGAAAGAUCCAUUUACAGCUCCACCCACGCGAAAUGGCACAAGAUCCUUCACAGAAUAUUUCAUCGUUCUCGGAAGUCAUUGCGUAAUGUGCAAUUCAGUUGUUUGUAAAGAUUGUAGUUUGUUCUAUAAAAGUACCUUCUGUUAUUCAUGCGCUCAUUCUGAAGUCACUCAGUUUCCACUUGAAGUUCAAAGUAAAAUUAGAAAAGAAAUUCUAGCAAUAAAAAAUAUUUGA